GACGCGUCCACCAAAUGCCUACAUUCCCUUCUCACCUAUAUUCUCCGUUCCCACUUCUGAUAUUUUCUCCGCAUCAACACCACUACACACACAACAACAAUGCAUAUUUCUCUAUAAUUCCACCACCGUUCACUGCUCGCAGUUCCGUUUUCACCGCCGCAACAACCACCGGGUCGCUUUGAUUCCAUCGAAUUUCAAUCUUCGCAGCGAUGGCGGACAAGUACAACAUGAAGAACCCCGCCGUGAAGCGGAUUCUCCAGGAGGUCAAGGAGAUGCAAUCGAACCCUUCCGAUGAUUUCAUGAGCCUCCCUCUCGAGGAGAAUAUAUUUGAAUGGCAAUUUGCAAUUAGGGGACCUGGUGAUACUGAAUUUGAGGGUGGUAUUUUUCAUGGAAGGAUCCAGCUGCCUGCGGAAUAUCCAUUCAAACCUCCUUCAUUCAUGUUGUUGACACCUAAUGGUCGUUUUGAGACUCAAACCAAGAUUUGCUUGAGCAUUUCAAAUCAUCAUCCUGAGCAUUGGCAACCAUCAUGGAGUGUAAGGACUGCUCUCGUUGCCCUGAUUGCUUUCAUGCCCACCAACCCAAAUGGUGCAUUGGGUUCAUUAGACUACAAGAAAGAAGAGAGGCGCGCCUUAGCCAUCAAGUCCCGUGAAGCAUCUCCCAAAUUUGGGACUCCUGAACGUCAAAGACUGAUUGAUGAGAUACAUGAGUAUAUGCUAAGCAAGGCACCCCCUGUCCCUCAAGUUAGCCCCACACAGGCUUCUGAAGAACAACCCCCAAUUGAGGAGGACCAGACCCAGGUUCAGUUGCAUAAUCCUGAGGCUUUGCCUGCAGGAGAGGUGAUUCCAGAUCAAUCAGUUGACAGAAUAAUUGAAGAACAAGAAGUCACCGUCAAUGCUAAUCCUAACCCUUCUGAAGUUGAAGCUUCAACAGAGACUCCAUCUAAUGUCGUCUCAAGCAAUCAGUUGCUCCAAAACUCGGAGACAACCAGGGGUCAAAAUCUGAAACCAGAGACAAGGGUUCAAAAACCUGAUGAUCGAUUAUUCACAUGGGCUGCUAUUGGACUUACCAUCGCAAUUGUAGUCCUUUUGCUGAAAAAGUUCAUUAAAUCUACAGAACAUGGUGCAGUUUUCAUGGAUGGAUCUUAAAUGGGUUCCUUGCUCAUAUUGGCUUCAAAGUUUAAUACUACUAGCCCCAUGGAGUCAAACCUAGCUCUUCUAACCUGAAGUGAUAUUUGUCGAUACUUCGUAUGUAUUUAUGUUCUGUAAUUAUGGUUAUAUAAGAAUAGUACAGCUUUUAAAAGUUUCUUAAAUGAACUCCACUCUAUUUAGGGCAUUUAGAGCCCAAAACUUUUGAAAAUCAACCAAUGCUACCUAUGGAAAUUGGUUCUUUAUGUAGGUUGCUCUCCAAAGGGAAUAGAAACUCUUAUCUUUUUUAGCUUCUCAAA